AACCUGAAAAUGUCCGAUAUCCGUUUCCAAUCGGUCGGAAGAUACGGACGCUCGGCGUCGCCAUCGCGGUAAAUUUUCAUCGCGAAACUGGGUUAUUUUUGACUAUGGCGAAUAAAAUUUUCUUGGGUUGACUCGUUUCUCGUAUUCCUUAAUUAGCACGAUUCGAAGCGGUAAUUGAGCGCAACUUGUACGGUGACCCAGUGAACAGACUUGAAGGACGGUGGAAGAUGAAAAAAAAAAACAAUAUUCAAUAACCAGAGUCUUGUGGGAAGAGAUACGUUUUGUGAUCAUAGCUUCCUUCAUUUAUUUCGUCCGCAUUUAUCCGUAAAAAAUGUACGCUCAUUGUCAGUCGGCUGAAUUUUCAAUGGCGUUUUGAGCCGGACGUUGAUACACGUAGUGAAGAAAGUCGAUCAAGAGCAUCGCGGCGUUCAGCACACACGAAAUAGCUAAUAGAAAUUCUUGCCAUCUGCGAGAAAGAAAAUGAAAGAUAUAAUCGGUGGUUGAAAAAAUAAGGGACUUGAAAACUUCCAUAUUUCUAGCUGUGUAGGUAAUGUCACGGACGAAAUUGUUACCCCAUUACUUUAGUGUCUUCUAUAACGCUGCUGAACCACGACGCCCAUUGAUAAAACUCGAAGACCCCAAUUGUGAAACUCAUCAGACACCCGAUUCCGGUGAACACCAUUUCCUACGCUUUCGAUCCGAGAUGGCGCGAAUAAUAAUUAUACGGAAUCGUCGGAAAAUCCAUCAAUCGUUUUCGCCCGGACAUAAUUAUCAGUCUCAAACAAAUGGCCGUAACAGCGUUGGAUCUGCUCAAAAAUCCGAAUUUCGUGCUCAAGAUCAUAGAGCUGGUUUUGGCGAUAGCUGGCUUCGUUUUCGUUGUCAUUCAGAAACCGUUCAAAUGGUCGAACGGCGUUACGAUUAUUUUUUGUGUGGAUACAGGAACCUAUAUCGUUAUUUUGACAGUGAUUCUGAUCGCCUAUAGUCUGGAGGAAACUCAUCAGCUCAUAGAAUUGUUGUUCACUCUAUUCGGCGUCGGAGUAUCUGUAAUCGGGAGCAUUCUCGCGUUCCAAAAUUAUGAAGAUGUUCAAAUCGUCGACCAAAAAAAAUCAACGUUUGAUUUUUAUCUGGGGGUUACUUUAUCGGCAAACUCCUUUGUGAUGACUGUCGACUCUUUUUUGAAUGUGAGGAAGAUUAAAGACGUUUUUUGAGAGAAAUCGUCGCCGUCGUAUUACAUCAUACGUUUAUUACCUAUUCCUACUCAAAUUAAUACAUGUGU